AUGCCUCCCAGGAGAUCGCACAAGAAGUCGAGAGCUGGUUGCAAGCGGUGCAAGUCGCGCAAGAUCAAGGUACUGUCGCCCCGUCUCCGUGCUCUACCCCUGUCUCAUCCACGACGACGUCCUACUCGUCCAACGACUAAUACUCUACCUUGUCGAAAGUGCGAUGAAGUCCAUCCGAGAUGCGGCAAUUGCGUCAAGCACGGCGUGCCUUGUGACUUUGAGAACCCGGACAUCCUUGACGACCUUCUCACCGCCUUGACACCAUCGAACACCCAAUCAUCACACUCUCCCAUCGACAGAGCUUCGUCCGCCGCACCUUCGCCUUCCGCCCUUGGUUCGAAUCGAGGCAAAACGCCGUCCUUCGCCGGCUCGCCUCCUACCAUGAACUACACGCCGCUCUACACCAUGCCCACUACCACCGCCAUUUCCGCUACCACGACGACUAGCAAUCGACUUCUGGAGCUGCGCCUGAUGCACCAAUUCACGUCAAUGACAUCCCAUACCCUGGUGGUCAACACGCCCGCCACUCACGAUAUCUGGAUGAACACGGUCCCGAAGCUGGCCUUCGGCGGUGCCGAUUAUCUGGCGGAUGCCAUGCUCGCUGUGUCAGCGUUGCACUUGCGCUCCCUAAAUCCCGACGACAAGACUCUCAUACGAGCCUCGCACUCUUACAUGGCCUCUUCACUGGCCGCGUACUGCGCUUGUCUCCAAAACGGCAUCACGGAGGCCAACGCCGAGGCUCUCUUCCUCACAGCCGCUCUCAUCGCCUUCCAGUCGACCGCUUCCCGUAUUUUUAUCCGCGACGAGGCCGACCCCAACGAUCCCGCCAGCGCCUACUCGCUGCCGCUUUCGUGGUUCCACGCAUUUCAAGGGGUCAAGACGGUCGUGGCGACAUCCUGGCCCUGGAUCCGCAACAGCGGUGUUGUCAUUCCCAUCAUUGACUCUCAGCCUGUCCUCCAGCUGGACCUAGACGCAACAUCACCCAACUCCUUUUUCGGAAAGUUGCUUGACAACCUGGAGGAAGAGCUCCAGGGCGAAGACGUCAUCAUGGCCAUGUCAACGAGACAGUCGUACCAACACGCUGUUGCUGUACUGAAUUGGGCGCAUAAACUGCCUCAUCGUGGUGCUGCCCUUGCUUUCCCUGCUACGGUCUCGAAGCGGUUCAUCGACUUGUUAGAAGAACGCCGCCCUCGCGCCUUGACCAUUCUCGCCAGCUUCUUUGCGCUGCUUAAGGGUUAUGAGUCGGCCGUGUGGUGGUUGGACGGCGUCGCGCGCAGAGAGGUUAUGGGCAUUGUUUCGCAAUUCGAAGCCACCAGCUCCUGGUGGCAGCACCUCGAGUGGCCUGUUCGGAUCGCCCUGUACAAGAACUCGAUCAUUCCUCCAGAGGUUUGGGGAUCUGACUGGGUCACUGAGGAAAGCAAAGCGGACAAGGGUCAUAACAUGACUGCCGAGUCGUUUGUGAACCACAUUGAAAUCCUGACAGGUGCGUUUGCCAGGGCGCAACACCUUCACGUACCGGGCAUCGCCGUCCCGACACAUGCGAUGUAG